AUGCCAACACAAAUCUUUAUCAUUCCACCAAAACAAUCUCGACCACAUAAAUCAUUAACAGAAACAAACAGUGAUAGAUCACCUCAAGAGGGAAAAAAUUCACAAUCAGUACCAAGCACUCCACUAAAUGAACAAAUAACAUCGUCAAGUGAAAAUAAAUUAUCAGUUAUAAAAGUAAUUCCAGCUGUUCGUAUAAGUCCACCACAACAAAUCAUUGAUAGUUUACUUGAUUGGGAUGAUGAAGAUCGACAUUUUGGUCGUCGUCCAACAUUUAUUCGAAAUCGACAACAACAAAAAUUAUUUCAUGAAAGACUUGCAAAAAUUCAAGAAGGUGUAGUACAAACUGGAAAUUCAACUAUAUCAGCUGUUGUUUCAGCACCAAUUGCUGAACUAGCUGGUGGACAAUCAGCAACAAAUGCUACAGAUCAUACAACAACAACAACAUCAAUAAAACAAGAAGGAAGUUUAGAUACAGGUGAUACACAAGGUCAAACAUUACUUCAUUUAGCUGCAAAACUUGGACAUGAAGAAAUCAUGAGAAUGUUAAUAAGUGAAACAUCUCAUGCUAAUAUGUUAUUAAAUGCACGUGGACAAACUCCAUUACUUUGUGCUAUUGAAGCUGGUGCAACAUCAACAGCAACAUUAUUAAUGGAACAAGAUCCAUUAUCAUUAACAUGUAAAGAUCAUAUUGGUUCGAGUGUAUUUCAUUAUGCUACUGAACAACGUAAUGAUAUUGUUUUAAGUCGAGCUAUUUCAUUACUUAAACGACUUAGUUCAAGUGCUGCAAGAGUUACGGCUCUUCAACGACUUGUUGAAAGAAAUUCUAAUGGUAAAACACCAUUUGUUAUUGCGAUUGAAAAAGGUUCAUUAAAAUGUAUUAAAUACAUAUUAAGUAGUAAAUGGUUACAUCGAAAUGUUGAAAUAGCUGAUUUUAUAAAUUCUGAUUCAUUAAAAACAACAAUUGAUAAAGAUCAGUUAGAUAUCGCAUCAUUUUUUGUUUCGGAUACACGACGUUUUGCUGCUAUUAUUCAAAUACAAAUUGAUGUUAAUGGACGAGCAUAUAAUGUACUUGAAUAUGCAAUAGCAUUAAAAAAAUCGGAUUUUGUUCGAACAUUUAUUAGUGUAAGAAUUCCAGGUGAUGAACGAGAACUUUAUCGAUCCUAUAAAAAUUUCUUAAGACAUUAUAAUGUGGCUUAUUCGGGUUCAAGUUAUGAUCAAACACCUGUACAACGAAUGUUAACCAUGACGGAAAUGGUUCCAUUAGUUCCCUUAUUACUUGAACAAUUUGUUGGUGAAGAUGGAAUAGAUUUAUCAGUUGUUGAUGAUUGUUUACGAGCACGUCCUUCACCACAUCGUUGUAUAUUUGGUCGUUCAAAAAGAUUUUCAACGUCAAAUUGGCUUAAACAACAUCCAUUAUCAUUAAUAGCUGAAGCUAAUCAUGCUCCAGUUUAUGAUCAUGAUAUUGUUAAAAUGUGUGUGGAUUUAAAAUUUCAAUUAUUUGGAAAUUUUUUAUAUCUUCUUAUAUUAUGUGCACAAGUAUUCUUCGUUUGUCUAUACACAGGAGUUGCACUUAGUUCACCAACACCACCACGUUCGUAUUAUGAUGCAGCAAAUAUAACUUGUAAACAAUUAUGUGAAGGUUUAACAUUAGAUCCAAUUGAUCCUCUUCCAGGAAAUGUUUUACUUCGAUUUUUACGUGCUUUAUUAUUACUUUGUUCUGGUAUUGCAUUAUUAAAAGAAUUUAUACAACUAUUAACACAACGUGAAAAAUAUUUUCGUGGUUUUUUUGUUAAUUUUCUCGAAUUACAUACAUAUGUUUGUGCAAUUUUAUUUGCAAUGGAUCUUAAUCAAUGUACACAACGUACUGGUCUUCGAUGUAAAUGGCAAUGGGAAGCUGGUGCAUUAGGCAUGGCUAGCGUAUGGACAUUAUUAUUACUUGUAUUUAUGAAUGCAUUAAAAAUUGGCAAAUAUGGUCUUCUAUUUGUUAGUGUAUUUUUAACAUUUUUAAAAUUUUGUCUUAUUUAUGUUUUUAUUUGGAUUGGAUAUAUUAUUGCAUUUCAUAUGUUAUUUGUAAAUAAAAAACCGCAAUUUACAUCUGUUUUUUAUUCAAUACCAAAAACAUUAGCUAUGCUUACAGGCGAAUAUGAUUUUGAUGAUUUAUUUUUUCCUAAUGGUAAAGUUUUACAAGGAAGUGAAGCAGCCAUGGUACUUUAUUCAACUUUUGUAUUCACGAUGAAUAUUGUUAUUAUGAAUAUUAUGGUUGGUCUUGCAGUUUCCGAUGUAAAACGGUUUCGUUUAAAUGCUAAACGUGAACAUUUACGUGCAAGAAUUGAAACAUGUCUUGGUUUACAAGCAAAAUUUGGACUUCUCUGUGAAACAUGUUCUCGAUUAGUCCUCGCAUUAUCAAAACGUUCAUUUUUUCCACGUUUUCAAAAUCGUGUGACACAAAUACAUGGAAUAAAAAAAUAUUAUCUAUGGAAAUUAGAAUUACGUACACCACGUGUUGAUUUACCACAAUCAACGAUUGUCUUACCAUAUCGUAAUAGUAAUAAUCAACUUCAAAGUAAUAUACAAUCAAGUCGAAGUUCGAAACAUCAUUCAAUAAGAGAAUUUGUUACAUGUGAAAUUGGAUAUUAUCGACAUCAUAUUGAUCGUGCUGGUGAACCAUUAUUACAAGAAAAUGAUCAUACACGUUUAAUGCGUAAAACAGAUGAAUUACGUGAUGUUUUUGAAAAAGCGAAUGCACGUGUUCAUAAUGAAUUAAGAAAAUUAACCAUGUCAUUGCAAUCUGAUUUCGAUGAAAUUAAACGAAAAUUAUUAGAAGGAUAA